GUGAGGAGAAUGAUCAACUCGAUAUGUUAGAAGGUGCAAAACUAAUAGGGGCCGGAGCUGCUACAAUUGCUUCAGCGGGAGCUGCUAUCGGUAUUGGAAACGUCCUUAGUUCCUCGAUUCAUUCCGUGGCUCGGAAUCCAUCAUUGGCUAAACAAUCAUUUGGUUAUGCCAUUUUGGGCUUUGCUCUAACCGAAGCUAUUGCAUCGUUUGCCCCAAUGAUGGCCUUUCUGAUCUCAUCCGUAUUCCGAUCAAAGAAUCAAAGAAAGAAGGUUUCAGUUUCAUAAAGCAAGCACCUCUUUCCAGCCUUAGUCAAA